GUCUCCGGCAGCAGCCUCCGCCCAGCCACCUGGCUGCUGCUGUAGCGGCCGCAACGACACCCCCUUUGUCACCAUUCCCCGGGAAACCGGCGCCUUGUGCUUUGGGCCGCGAGCGGCAGCCGGUCCGGGAGCAGCAGGGGCAGCCGCCUGCCCCAGACAAACACAAGGGCUCCCUCCUGCUGCUGCUGCUGCUGGGGACACGUCAUGGUGAAUAAAUAAAUAAAUAAAUAAAUAAAUCCACUCACCCAGUGGCAGCGAGAGGAGCCGGCGGCGGGAUUAGAUCCAGCCCACCGAGCCCAACCUAGAGACCAGCCUAGCUUGAAAACAAAGCCUGACAAUGCCGCCAGCAACAACAGCACCACAAUACGCACCCCCAGAUGGAGGAUGGGGCUGGGUUGUGGUCUUUGGGGCUUUUAUCUCCAUUGGAUUUUCCUAUGCAUUCCCAAAAGCCAUCACAGUGUUCUUCAAGGAAAUUCAGGAGAUCUUCCACACAUCAUAUAGUGAGAUAGCUUGGAUAUCAUCGAUUAUGUUGGCUGUUAUGUAUGCAGGAGGUCCCAUAAGCAGUGUCUUGGUGAACAAAUAUGGUUGCCGGCCAGUGAUGAUGGCAGGAGGCGUAUUGUGUUCAUUUGGAAUGAUUGCUUCCUCUUUCUGCAAUAGUGUCCUGGAGCUUUACAUAUGCGUAGGAAUUGUUGGAGGUCUUGGCUUAGCCUUCAACUUGCAGCCUGCCUUGACUAUGAUUGGCAAGUAUUUCUAUAAGAAACGUCCCAUUGCUAAUGGACUGGCCAUGGCUGGAAGUCCAGUGUUUCUAAGCACACUGGCACCUCUCAAUCAAUUUCUCUUUAAUGCAUUUGGAUGGAAAGGAAGCUUUCUCAUUCUGGGAGGACUUCUUUUGAACUGCUGUGUGGCUGGGUCACUUAUGAGACCUGUUGGACCAAAACCAGUCCCUCCUGUGAAAAAAGAUGUUGAGAAGGGAUCAGGAGAUUCAGCCUUACACAUGAAUAACAAGAAGUCAUCAUUCUGGCAAACCGUGAAUAAAUACUUAGAUCUAUCCCUCUUUAAACACAGAGGGUUUCUGGUUUAUUUGUCAGGAAAUGUUAUUAUGUUUGUUGGCUUCUUUGCCCCAAUAGUAUUCUUGGCUCCUUAUGCCAAACACAAGGGAAUUGAUGAAUAUUCUGCUGCUUUUUUGCUGUCUAUUCUAGCUUUUGUAGACAUGUUUGCUAGGCCUUCAAUGGGACUUGUAGCAAACUCCAAAUACAUCCGGCCAAAAAUCCAGUACUUCUUUAGUUUUGCUGUCUUGUACAAUGGCAUCUGUCAUAUCAUGUGCCCACUGGCCGAGGACUACACAGGCCUGGUGGUGUAUGCUGUACUUUUUGGGUUUGCUUUUGGAAUGGUUAGCAGUAUCCUUUUUGAGUCAUUGAUGGAUCUCGUUGGUGCUGCCAGAUUUUCCAGUGCUGUGGGACUUGUCACAAUUGUGGAGUGCUGCCCUGUUCUCCUAGGCCCCCCUCUAGGAGGUUGGUUAGUGGAUAUAACUGGAGACUAUAAAUACAUGUACAUUGUCUGUGGAUCAAUUGUGAUUGUGGCAAGUAUUUGGUUGUUCAUUGGCAAUGUCAUCAACUACAGGCUUUUGGCAAAAGAGAAGAAUUUAGAAGAUAAAAAACAGAAAGCACUAAAGAAGGAAGCAGAACCUUUGACCAACAGUGAGAAUGAGGAGGCUGCCAACAGGGCUGACAAAGUACUCAAUGAUUCUUCGGAAAGGGAAACUAAUAUUUAAUAUGAAAUAUGGCUCAGACAUCAAUGUUUUUGACUUCCAUUACAAGUAUUUUGUCAAGAUACAGGCCAGGUUUUGUAAUAAUAAUGAUCAGUCACAAUAUUGGAUGAGAACAUAAAUUUGCCAAAGCCAAGAUUCCAGACAAAUUA